GCCUGGCCCACGGGGUUCAGGCCCGCGAUCCUCCCUGCGUGUGGGGGGCUGUGAUGGGAGGGGAGGUGCUCCGGGGUCGGCAGGCCUGGCUGCUGUCAGCUUCAGGAGGCACCUGACCAGCCUUUGAGGUGCUUUGUGCACUUUGCUGGGGUCACAGGAGAAAAUCCCGAUGGUUUGGAGGGCGUCCCAGCCUGCACAGGGGCUGUGUGGGCACAGCAGGCUCACCUGGCGAGAUGCACAAGUCACCCCAGAGUGCUCUUUGCUGGCACGCAGGAAGACGUGCGUAUCUUCCCCUCUAGGGAGGCGAGUGGCAAGGCAAGGAAAUCUCUUCCCCCCUCUAUUGAUUUCAGUUCUUCAGCAGGCAUCUAGAGCUGCAGACUUGCUGCUCGUAUUUAGUAUUUGUUGGGGAGUCCAUGGAGUUCAUGUCAGUAAAGGCCUUCUUGCUUCCCAGCAGCCUUUAAAUGUCAUGGUAUGUUGUUCUCCAUCUGGAAGCACUUGAUGGCAGUGUGAUGUCUGCUGGGUUUACUGAGCACCUGGAUAGCUUAAUGUUCUUUGUAGUUUUGAGGCUGGCAGGUCUGACAUCAAUUGGCUGUUCCUUGACAUAGGCCCUCCUGCAAGCUCACAGUCUGUCCUCCACAGGAAGCUCUGUGUUUGCCCUUGUUUAAGUGCUCCUACAGCUUUUCCCUCAGCUCACCUAGCCAGCUAUGCUUUACUGUCAGGUUUGGCUACACAUCUGGGAUGCUUGGCCACUCUGGUGUGUCAUCCAGCAUAAAUGAGUGCUUUGUAGCAACCCUGCAGAACUUGAGUGGCACAGGUACAGAUCAGUGCACUUUGGCUCGGGGUGAUGACAGAUGAUGGGAGAUGGUGCUGUCCUAAAAGAUUGGUAGGUGGAGGGAAAGAAUCACUCAUUCCUCAGUGACUGUUGCUCUGUGUCCCAGGUACAUCAGAAGUUUUCCUGUGGCCCAUGCAUUUUGUGUUCUGGGUGUACUGGAGUGGAGUCCUGAGAUCUCUGGCCUUGGAGAUGGCUCAGUACUUGUGUGGACAAGGCUAUGAACAACUUGAUGUGGCUUUGCAGUUGGCCCUGCUUUGUGUGUGUGAAUGGGAUGGGGUGAGCCAGACAGCACCAGAGGCCCCUGCCUCAGUUAUCCUGAGCUUCUUUACCCAGACACUGAAUGGGAGACAGAGGGUACCAGGCUGCCCUGGCACAGGGGCUGUACCAGGCUGCCCUGCUUUUUGUGUGCUUCUCUUCCCAGCUGGUAGUGUGAGGUGUCUCUCCGCUCCCUGCCUGGUCUCCUGACAGGCUGUUGCAAUGGUUCUCUCUUUUCCUCUGACCCCAGGAAUUCUCACAGGAGUGAGUGUUGCCACACAGAUAGCAUGGCCAAAGCAGUUUUAGUGAGGGCUUUUGGAGGGUACCACUCGUGCCAGGGCGUGUGCUCUCUGGGGUCAGCCUGUGCUUCAUCCCCAGCAGGGGUGCUGAGCAGCUCACUCUGCUCUUUCCGUUUCAGGGAUUCUCAGUAGUUCCCUGGGGCUCUGCAAGGCCAGGCUUUCUGGUUUGGGUGCUGUUCAUUCCAGGCCAUCUCUGGGAGAUGGAGAAGCCUUCUGGGCCUCGGGCUGAUCCUGCUUCAGCAGCUGCUGUGGUGUGCAGCCUUGUAGCAGAUGGAGCUACAAUGGCUGUACUUGAUUGUUUCAAAGUCUGGGGAAUUCUGUUUGCCUUUUUUUUCUUGUACCAUUGUCUUUUCAGAACAUGAUGCCCCAGGAACCCUCAUUAAACUUUUCUGGAGUGGAUUUGUGUAUUCUAAAUCAGAAGAUUCAUUGAUGUGCCAUGUUACAAGUGCUGUUCUCCCCACGGCAAAUGUAACGUGCCAGGAGAUGACAGUGUGCUCAAACCGUGCCUUCCUCUUGUCCCAAGAGAGGUGACAGCUCUGGUCACUGGUGGCUGAGACCUUCUCCCAGAGCCUGAGCUGCAGAGCAAGCUGUUAUGAAGCCUCUCAGGAAGGUGCCAGGAUGGAGCAGUUUCACUGGAGCCCCAGGCACAGCUGUAGUGUGAGGAAGGUUUGCUCUCAGGCGGUGAGCAGUGGGCUGUAGUGCUGGCUGCAGCCAAGCCUCGUGCAGUGCUUGGGGCAAUCCUGCAGCCCUCACCUGAGUUACCAGUUCCAAGGCUGGGGAAUGAGGGGUAGUGCUGAAUUUUGAUCUCGGGCGGAAGAGGCGAUUCUGUGCUGGCAUCACCCUUCUCGUGUCAGCAGAAGGGGGAGGCAGAGCUUCAGUUGAAGCUUUGCAUGCCACACGAAGGUUGCGGUGUCUGAUCCAAAGCAUGUGUUUUAAGAUGAAUGGAUUUGACCAGACUUCUCAAGUAAUGCUGGUUUCUCAUAAGUAACUUUUGGGCUCUCUGGGUACCUGCUGCUAGAUGGAGACAGAGGGCAGGGUGGGAGCAAGGCUGCUGGCAGAGGGCACCUGCAGCCUGUUCUGGUGGCCAGGGCCAAGGCUAGAGGAUGACAGCCUUUCUGCACAAAUGCCUCUGCACAUACUGAAGGGCCUUCAGGGAGCUGAGCUGUGCUGAUGGGCUGGUGGCCUUUUCCCUCACUUCUGAACCUCUCAGAGGAUGUUGAAUUGUUGGCUUGGGGGGUGGGGGAAAUGGAAUCCUUUUUUGAGAAGCUGUGGGAACUUGGUGCAUGUGGCCUUUGCCAAAGUGGGAGCUGCAUUUGCAAGAGCAGCCACAGCCGCCCUCCGAGGGACACAGAUUACGGAGGGUCCUGUCCGUCUGCCUGUGACGUGUCUAAGCCACGUGUGCUGCCCUGUGACAAAGCUGCUGGUGGCUCAAAAGCUGCUCCACACAGUUCUAGACCUGCUGCAGCAACGUCUGAUGCUCAUUUACUUCAAGGUCAGUGCACAUGCACCUUGCUGUACCCUUACACCACCGGAGUAGAGCUCUAGCACCCUGAUCCACUCUCUGCCGCACAUCAUUGAGUUUGAAGAAAAUGUGAUUUUGGUUAGCAGUAAGAGUUUAGGGAAACAAUAAGAACUAACAGGCAGAGAGGUGGUUCUUGAUGGAGUUCAGGAGAGAUGCUAAAAGAUCUGUAUAGAACAAGAACUCCUGUUUUUAGAGUAAGCCCCAGUUAACAAGCUUUAGCAUUAGUGCAUUAGUUUGAAAUAUUAAUAUGGUGAAUUAGUUAUCAGGGCAAGUUAAGCCACACACGAGCACAGAAUGAGCAAGACCCUCCAAAAGGUCUCUGAGAGGUACAGCAUGAUCCACUCUCCCCCAUGGUUCCAUGGCUAACCCCCCCGAGUUCUGUCAGCCAAGGCACACGCUGCCUUCUGGUCUCCCAGCAGCAGCAGCCGGUGUUAGCUCAGGGGCGGGCUGGGGGGUUAGAGGAGGGGAUGGUACUUGGUAUUUGUUGCUUUUCUCAUCUUUCUCAAAAACAUUCAGAGUUUAAAACCAGAAAGGUGUCUAAACUAGCUGUAGCCUGCAACAUGCAGCUGGCAGUGGAGCAUAAUCUUCCCUCCCUCUCUCCCUUGCACUUCACAGUCUCCCAACAAUUGCUUCAGCAGACUUUAUUGAAAGAAAAAAGUAGCAACUAAGGAAAUGCUCAGACAGGACUCAUUUAACCACCCCCUUGGGUAAAAGUCAGGGCAAGAGGUGUCAUGGGAGCGUUUUAAUCAGAAAUGUGCUGACUGAAGGAGCAGUUGCUACUCUGAACCUGUGUGGUCACUGGCACUUCACCUGCCUGGCCAGUCUGCACCACACUGCAACAGUGUCAGGCAUGAGAGCUGCUCAGCAUGUGCCUCCAGUCCCUAACCCCCUCCUGGAGGCAAUUUCCCUGGCAUACCAAGAAUAAAUCAGCAUUCUCCGAAGUCACUCGGAGGACAGGUCCCACGUAAGGGCAAAAUAAACAUGUGACACAUGGGAAAGCAUUCUGAUGAAUUAGGUCAUAUUCCCCCAGCAGAGGUAGCUGUGGAGCAUUAGCUGUUUGUGUUAAACAUUGCAUGGAAUUAAACCCGGCAGGGGAACUGAGACUGGGCGCUGGAACAGGCACUGAUGGAAAAGGAGUGAAGCAGAACACAAACAGGAACAGCUGGGAAAGAAACAAAUCAAUGCAUAUCUACUGCAGGAAGUGUAAAUUACUUUAUCUCCAGAAUCAUCAGGACAUGAAGAGAGCCGAGAGAGGGGGGGCAGCCUGCUGUGCACACCCCUCAGGCACCAGCUUCAUUUGCCAAAGGAGUUUACCUGACCACACUUGUAUAACGAACACACACCGUGCUAUUGGAAUGGCUCUGGGAGGCUCCUGGGACAUCAGCUAUUGCCCCUCAGACAUGUUUUCAGGUGACCAAGCAUUGUGCUUAGACAGAGGCAACACUUGCUGAGAAAAGGAACUUUUGCACCACAUGUAACACAACUACUGAAGUGAAGCCCAACUCAGAACUGUGUUUCAGUCCAGCAGCUGAAAAGUUGGGUUGCCUCUGAGCAGGCCCAAGAGGAGUGCAGGAGGCCAUGUGAGCUGGAGUGCUCCCUUAGGUGAGAGUGCUAGGGGACUAAGGAAGGCUUAAUUCAUUAGUCAAUUACCUACCCAGGGCCAGUUACAGUGGGAAACUAUGGUGAAAAUGUCUGCUUCAGUGGAGCUGGUGUAUAUUAGGUGCUGAGCUGGGCUUCCUUUUUGGGCCUCAUGCACAGGAGAGGUCUGCUUGCCCUUUCCUACUUCUGUUGCCUUCUGCUGAAGGCUGACUGUGUCAGAAACUGCCACCUGCUGUGAAGGAGAAGCUCCCCUAAACAGAAAACAGCCCUGGGUUGCCUCAGUUUCAUGUUGUGCUGAACAAGUUGUAUGCAUCAGAGGUGGAGGAGAAGGGCUCUGAGGACAGCACGGAUGAGCUUGCUGCAGGUAGAGGACAGGCAAAGCCAAGCAGAGGAUGCUUUGCUUUAGGCUGUUCUAAGAAAAGCAGAAGAUGAGCAUUAAACCUGUAAUCAAAAUACACAGGUACUCUGAGUGUCUGAGAGUGUGUCGCAGCCUGUGGAGAGCCAGGGAGCCAGAGCAGAGGCAGGCAGUGAGGAUGUGCAAGGUCACUAGUGUGCAGGACAGGGCCUGACUCAGGACUUUCCACCCUGAUCUCUGAUGUUUGCAAUUAUCAGAGCUCAAGAGGCUGUUACUAAGUCACAGGUAGCAAAAUGGAUUGCAGUGAAAGGGCAAAAGAACUCCUUUGUUUACCAGCAUUCCCUCUGGCUAACCAGAGGCUGGAUCCAGACUCAGCUGCUCCCUGAUGCUUUCUAAGAGCAAAUGACAGUGCACUGUGAAUGACAUUUGACUGUUUAACAAGUGGGGGGUUUGCACUGAGCAUAUGCAUUGCUGGAAAAGCACACCUAAUCUGAUAAAACUCUGACUUCCAGCUGUAAUAGCCAGAGAACUUUUGUAUCCAGCAAAGGUUCAGGUGGAAAUGUAUCACAGGGUGGGUGACGAGGCCUGAGAGACCUCUUGUCAUUGUGAAAGCAAAUGGGAAGCUGGGAAGGUUGGCUUAGGAAACGGUCAGUUAAGGCAAAUAGAAUACUUGGGUAUUGGGGUUCCUGCCCAAUGCUAAGUGGAUAAGCUGGGUGGGGGGUUAAUUGAGUAUAAUUGGGGGCUGAGGGCAGGCCCAAACAGGGAGGGCUACCCUGGAGUAAAAGGCCAGCCCUGCUUCUCCCACCCCAGCUGGCUCCUGGCAACCAGUACAGGCUGCUCUACCUCCUUCACCCCUCAAGCACCUGCAAACACAGCAGGUGAUGUUUUCAAGCUUGUUACCUGGUCAGGGUGGUAUAAAGUCCUUUUCCCCAGAAGGGUAGCUGUGCUUACCUGUGCAGGAGCUCUUCGGUGACUCCAUGGGCAAACAGCAGAGGAAACUUUUGAACGUUUCAGUCUAUUGUGCCUUGCUGAGCACAUCAUAACCCAGAGGUGACUGGCUUUGUGUUUUCAGUACCCUGUCUCUGGUUGCUGGAGGUAGGUGUGAUGGAGUUUCCCUGUCAGCAGCUCAGCUGCAUCAUCGCAGGGCACCACAGCCCUGGAGCACAGGGACAUGGCUGCUUUGGGGGGAUGAUGGGGGGGGCCAGGAAGGCUGGACCUGCCCCUGCACGGGGUACAGAACCCACCCAUGUCCUUGCUCCCCGCACAGGCAUUGCCCCUGUGCCUCCCUGCCCGAGCCUGGGGCUGCUCUGAGCACAAAAGCAGUGUGCCUGGGCAUCCAAAGCACUGGUGUGGCAUCCCUGCUCAGCUUUACGUGAGCCCAGGCUCCCUCUCCUGUCCCAGACAGGUCAAAAAGGGGAGCUUGGGCCUCCAACAGCUGCCUGCAAGGGUCUGGGGUCCUGGCUGGUCAGGGCUGCUGAGGCCUAUUGGUUCCUGAGACUGGAGGCUGACUCCUCUCCCUCACACCGUGGGCUGAGCCCAUGGCUGCCUUUCCCAGAGCCUGGGGACACAGAAAGCCCCACAGGUCCUCCCGCCAUGCCUGGAGUGUGGCUGAGGCUGCUGUGGGGCCGGGGCCGCUCUCAUCAUGAGUCAGGGCAGGACACGUGAGGCCCCAGCGCCAGCCCUGACGCCUUGCCACCCGCCUGCCUGUGUGUGCUGGGGCAGGUGCCACCCACACCCUGCCCCGGCAUCCCCAGCCACCACACAGCCCCGCAGGUAAGUGCCGGCACAGCGCUGGAAGCUUCUUGUGCUGGACACUGAGGGUGUUUUGGGGUUGUGUCCUUCUGGGUUGCUGAUCCCUCCCCGAGGCAUCACGCCGCCGUGUGAGGGGUUGUGCAGGGGAGCCACGGCACUUCCUUGUAACCUCUGCGUCUGCAUGACUGGACUUCCUCAUCUUUUAAUCUUUUCCUCUGAAACCCGUGUGGGCAGCGCUCUGCUCUGUGCGUGGAGGAAGACUUGCCUUCAGUUCACUCGGAAUACAAACGUGAGCUCUUCUGGCUUCUGAUGAGCUUCUGGCUUCUUCCCUUCAAAGCUUUCCAUCGGCCGCAGAGAGGAGCACACGGGGCUAAGGAGAAACACAAAGCAGGAAGGCAAGCGGUAAACAGCAGAACCAUCUCACUGGUGGCAUUGCCUGAGGAGACUGGAGUAGUGAUGGUUUCAAACUGAGCCGGCGUGGAUUAGUUUUUGUUGUCUUCCUGGAAGAAACUAUCAGCUUUCACCACAGCCACAGUCAUCCAGGACAUUCUCCUGUGGAACCAACUGCUAGGACCAACCCAAGACCUGCAGGCACAGCGAUGGAGAACCUGGAUGUGCCAUUCCCAGACCUUACUGAAGAACAGCUCGACAUUUUGCAGAGGGCUUUUACUGCUGAUGCCAAUUACUUGGAGAAUCAUGAGAAUAUGAACCAGUCCUUCUGGGAAUCACUUGUGAAAUGUUUAGCCAGCACUGACCCACCUAUCCUGAAUCCUGGGGAAAAGAACAAUCUCCUCAACAGCCGCAAUGCCUUGCCUGGAGGCUGUGCAGCCUGCCUGAAAGCCAUAGAGAAGGAAGGAGGCAGGGCAAUGGCUGUUCUUUACCUCUUGCUGAAGACAACCAACCCAUCUGGAUACAGGCAGCUGCCCAGCUCCAAGGGAAAGGCAGAUGAAAAACUGAAACUCCUGAAGAGACUGGAAAGGACUCUCAUGCUUUCACACGGGGAAAAAAAGGCUGAAAGCUCAUCCUCUGAGUCCAUGGAUGAAGAUACACAAGGCAGUGAUGGGGAAGAUUUAGGAAGACAGAAGUCCGAAGGCCAGUUGCUUGGAGGCACACCAGUAGAGGUGGUUCCCUACAGAGAUCCAGACAUCACCACAAGACAAGAUUCAGUUGCAGAAGCCUAUGAGGAGAAGAGCAGCGGCCAGCGGUGGCCGGGCCGGUGGAUGGGCAUACGGAAGGAUGAUGAAUUCUUUCAUUUUGUCAUUCUUUGCUUUGGAAUUGGAGCUUUACUGAUUUGUUACUACUACCACAAAGACUGGACUAUUUCCCUUGGAACUGGUUUGAUCACCUUUGCCUCCCUGGAAACCACAGGGAUAUACUUUGGUCUGGUGUAUCGGAUUCGGAGUGUACUGGACAGUUUUGUUCCUCUGAUUGACAAAUUGAGGCCAACAGGUAAUAAAGAUCUUCUCCCUGCCUGCAUGCAGAGGCCCCAGACCUUCCCCCAUACUGUGUUUUGGUCACGACCAACUUAACUAAGCUACUGUUUCCACCUUUCUUAUUUAAGACAAAAAAAUGACUACAGCUCAUUACAUCUGCUUAUUUUAAAAAAUGAAUUACUACUGGGACUCUUUCCCUGUGGCAGAGCCUUUUCACAUGGCUAAUACGCUGCCCUGGCUGGGGUAUGAACUAGUUCCUGACAAAGUCUGAAGAAGAAUGCUGGAACAAAUUCCAAGAGUGGGGCAGGCAUCUCUGGGUAUGAGGAAAGCUGCCUAAGAGGAGUGUUUCAGGACAGUCCCACGGAACUCUGCUGUCUGAAUGUGGAGUGGUACAAGAACUGCUUCAGGAUGCGAAUGUCAAAACCAGGUGCCUAAUGUGAAACACUGAAAUGUUAAACAAAAAUGUUAAAUGUGAGGAAAGACAUCAUUCCCUCCCCUCAAAAAUAAAGCUGAAACUGCAGUAAGGAUGCCACGCUUCUGACAUGACUGCACUGGCCGAGGACUCAAAAAUAUGACACAAGUUCCCAUGAAGAGCUUCAAUCUCCUGCUACAAGCUUGUGCUCACUGAGUGUCCAGGUCCAGCAAGUCCCUCCCAAGACCAUGGUUCAUCCCUCACUCCCAGGGUCCUACCUCCCCAGUCUGGUUCCCCAGGAACUAGGACAUCUCCUUCCAUCUCCACAUUAUCCAGCACACAGGGUGUUUUCCUUCAUAUCUGUGGCUUCCUCUGGCUGAGGGGAACGGAAGCAAAGGCACUGGCCCUUGUCCUCCUCAAUACACACCCUUCCUUUCCCAUGCCCAACGUCUCUGUCCAGAAGUGGAGCUGCUGAACCCUUUGUGGCUUGCUGCCAGAACUCUGUCUUUGCCAAACUCCAUCAAGACAGGAUCUUAAUUUCCAGCAGUAAUUUGGACAGAACACUGACCAAGUCACUCAGUUCAGUCAAGGCUGCAAAGGCCAACGUCUGUUUCCCUGCUGACGCACAGCCCACCACAACCCUCAGUGAAACCACCACAGGAGCAGGCAGGCAAAGGGCUGUUCACACCAACUGUUCAAUAACCUGAAGGUUUUUCAAGGACUGAAAACAGUCAGAUGCUACCUUACUGCACAAAAUCCCUCAGAGGGAAAGAAAGGGACUAGAGAAGGUUAUUUAAGCUGGUAUUUUUAUUAGAACUCUCUACAUAAAGCACCUUUGCCUGCCUUAAACUUACAGUACUUCUCUGAACGCUGCUUCUCUGUAGCACAGCAAGAGAUGCUUCAAACUACUCCGCAUUUCUUGAUUUGGACACUGCCAUCUUAACAGCCUGCACAAUGGCAUCUUUGUCAAUGCCAAACAUCUUCAGGAGCUCGGCCGGCUUCCCGCUGCGCGGCACGUGGGACACGGCCAGGCGAUGGACUGUGACCCCCAGCUCGCCCACCACUGUGGCACACACCGCCUCACCCAGGCCACCUAGGAGAGAGGCAGACAGGACAUGCACCUGCACCUUCAACAUGCAACAGAGACUGCACCUAACCCUCACCCAAAGGCACGUCAAACCCUGUGCUCACACGCUGAUGAGAAACAUCAAUCACAAUGUAUGUCCAAGUUGCCUGUUUGUGAAAUGAGACCGAUCCCCUAUUUCCUUGGCAUUCGAGGACACAUUCUCUGAGGGGCACAGAACUGCCAGGAAGCCCUCACCCAUUCAGCACCAGCCACUUGUUCACAGUUGGACUCCAUUGUCCUAUGGGUCUAUUCCAACUGGAAUGAUUCUGUGAUCUUCAAUAAAAUCCUGGCACAGAAGCUGAGGGAGUCUAACAGAGACAACUCUGCUUCUCCCAAGAAGCAUUUUCAGAUAUACAGUAAUCAUCUUAGAAAUUCCAUCUUGCAUGCAUCAUGCAUUUUUUACCAUAGCUAAGAAUAUUACCAUAUCCCGGCAACAGACUAAAACUGCCUAUAAGCAGGUGAAAUGAAGGAACAAAAAAGAGUCCAAUGAGGAUAUAAAGUGCUCUGGCUCUUCACGUGCCCUGACAUGCAAUUUUAAGAGUACUGGAGGUGAAAGAGAGAGAAAUUUAUCCCAUAGAACGGCUGCAGAAAUUGCCAAAACCAUCUGACUUCAAGAAACCUGGAAUCAAGCUCUUGGACACAGGGAAAACUCGAGAAACCUGGACAGCAAUGUCCUGUCUUGCAGCAUAACAAACUGCAGAGCAGCCCCAUAAAGCUGUUUCUGGAGUAUUCUGUGCAGAAUCACUGCACCACAGCAGGAAUUUACAGUUUCCCCAGGCACAAAUGAAUCGAGACUUCAUUGGGACCAAGAAUGCAAAGAGGCAGACAAGGCCAAGCUAAUCAGAAAGGCAGCCCUGAUUAACCCAUUAUAUCUUAGGAAACUUUCAACAGUGUUACAUUAUAACAGCAAUGAAAAAGGCUAAAAUCUCUCUUUUGCUUCAACUAACAAAAGCAUCAGGUCCCACACGUCUCUCAGGUAAGGAGAAGCCGUGACCUUCCAACUCCUGGCGAACAACUGUGUGGGCUGUGACCUCCCAGACCCAGCUCACCUUCAUGGUAAUGGUCCUCAACAGUCACGAUUCUGCCCUUGGUUGCUCUUGCACUUUCAAGUAUUGUCUUCUUAUCCAGGGGCUUUAUAGUGAAGGGAUCAAUCACACGGAUGAAGAUUUUUUCUGCAGAAAUGGAAUGAAAUUAUUUGCAACAGGAACUUAAGAGAGUGCAAGAGAAUGCAAGUACAGCCCCAGCGAUCUUUUAGAGCUGUCAUGAAAACUGACUACACUAACUCCCACGUGUACCCAUGGCUUGGCUUGUACUACACAACUCAAACAACCCUAAUUUUUGCAUGUAGUCUUUCUUCAUGCACCCUCUAAGACAGCAAUAUCCAUCCAUUCCACAGACAAAACUCCUGAGGCAGAAAAGCCUUGGGAAAGUGACUCAGGAUCACUAGGAGUGUGCAUUAGUGACCUAACUGGCCUUGCACAGGUAAGAGCAGAAUCUAGUCACCUGGAAAUCCUCCUUCCUCAGACUGUCAGUCCCAUUUCCCCCUGCCCCCCACCUCCCUUUUAUUACCAAGCGAAGCAUAAUUCCCUUCUGCUUCCUCAGUCUGUAGGCAUUCUGAGUUCUUCAUUGCACGCUGCCCACCUAUCAGGUAUGCCUCUUUCAACUGCCCAGCCCCUGAUCAUGGCCUCCUUAAGGCUUGCAUCAAAAUCAGACUUUGUCCUGCCAUCCCCAGAAGGCCCAAACCGCCUGUUAAAGCCACAUAAACAACAAUUGUUCAUAAAGAACUGCAAAUUACAGGAGGUUUAGUCUGAUCCCGCCUAAGCUGAACAGAGUCAACUCUAACCACAAAUAAAGAAGCCUGAUGUUAACACUGAUAGUUUUGGGACUGAAGGCUCUUCAGUGGCCAGUAUAUUUUAGGUAUUAGACACUGCCUUGACACUAAGGGAUUAUCUCUCUAUAACUGGUUAAUCACACUUCAGGAUCAGCAGAGCAUCACAAAAGCAUAGAAAAUGCAGAGAAGUAACAACAGACCUGAAAAUACAAUUUUCAGAAAGUCCUGAGCCUGAAGGCUCAAGGUCAUGACAAAAUAUGUGUCCACCUAGACACGGCACACAAAGCUACCCAUAAGCCACAUUAAUUGUAUUAUCUCUCACUAUUUCUAAUCUCUUCCUAGGC